GUUCGUAAAAUAAAUUCAGGAACGGUAAAAUGUGCAUGAAGAAAGUAUAUUUAUGGCAAGAAAAACAGUUCUAUUUUCUGUAUCUAUACAGAAAUGAUGGAUGUGACACAAACAAAGUUCGAAGAUAUAAUAAAUAUAGUGUCGACAGCAUGUAACAGUGUGGAUACUGUGUGUGUAUGUAUUUAUUGUAGACUAUUGAAAGACGAAGGAAAACGAGGACGUCAACUGGUUGGAUAUAUAUAUAUAACUGUGAAGUAUAAAUAGUGGGCAGCAUGAAUAUCUUUUCAAGAAAGAAGAAGAAGCAGGCCGCGAAACCACCACAGAACGAUCCGGGAGAAGUGCCUCGACCGCCAAGAACGACAACUAUCACGCCAAGGGAAGAUAACCGAUGGCGUGGCCUGACGCCGCCGCCAGACAGGCGCACACCAGGAACGGAAGUGAUCACUCCCGAGUUACCUCCACCUGGUCCUUUGUUUCGACCAGAACGAGGUCCACGAGCUAUUGGUAGACACAUUCCUCCCAGUCCAAAGGACUACAAUCCGUACCCAUAUGAGCGGAUCCCUGUUGCCGCCAGACGGAGCAGCGUGCAGUCUGUGCGCGGCCUCGUCAACUCACCCACCACACCCUGGAGUCGAGAGGCUGACCACGGGUCGACACUGUCCGUGCCCGGCGACCAUCUGGUCAAGACUCCGGACAGCAACAUUCCCACUGAAGGGUCUCUCAUUAGCGAUCCUGCAGGCACCAUGACCAUCCCAGACAACGUCCCUACGCCGGCGUCAUUCCCAGGGAAGAAGAGGAACUUGAUAUCUGCGCCUUACUCCACGUGGACGGACCCAGGUCACGUGCGUGGCAGGCGGGUGCCGCGACAGCGUCCUCCUCACACCUCCUGGAGCAAUGCCACCGUCAACGGCUCGGCUGUCGCCCCUGUGUGGGCGGGGCACAGGCUGGUCAACGACCCCGAAGACAUGGACACCAAUUUCUGGAUUCGACGUCAUCAUGGGCAGAAUGACGAUCUGCUUAGAAGACCGAUGUAUAUCGCCCACGACUUGGAGACUGACAAGGACUUCGUGGUGACGCCACGUGGUACCAAGACGUACAUAACGCGCGAUCUGCCUCUCACAGCGGGUAACCCGAACGAGAUACAUUCCAAAUGGAUCCCUGCGGGUUACUACGAGGAGCCGUCUUACCCUCGAGUGAAGCGAGUGCACGGACUGACUCGCUACGACUCGGAUCACGCGAGUCUACCCGACCCUCACAUAAUCGGCGUCCUACCAAACGUGCCCGUCCAUCACUACAGACCGUACUCUCUGCCGUCGUACGUCGGCCGCGAGCCUCGUCGAUACCCACCCAGAUCGUUCGUUCCACAUCGCGAUCUCAAGCCGGAAGUUUUACCUCCGCCAUCAGUGACGUCAGCAGAUGUCGGGUCGGCACUUCCCGCCCGGCUCGUGGAACUCACCCCAGACGGUCCGCGCGACCUGCCCAGACUGGCGCCUACAACCACAGACGACCGGAGUGUGAUUCCCAUCCAAGGGUCAAUCAGAGCGGGGCGAAAUGAUUCUCGUCUGGAGCACAUCAGGGGAGCAUACGACAAUGAAACGUACAGACGACACGAUUAUCUGCCCAAGUGGGGGUACUACGUGGAAACUCCGCCUUCCCCUGCCCAGAGCAUGAAGCCUCGACAGGGUUCGGUGGUCGACCGUGACUACCGAAAACGACCGGUUCCAUUAAACAGGGGACUGUUGUCGCCAAGGUCCAUAUCGAAGAGUAUGAGGGCUGAGCACGGAUCUACCAUCACAACGGCGUCAGAGAAAAGUUGUAGGGGGAACAGGGAGUACGACAUGGGACCUCAGUACGGGGAUGAUGAUUAUGGCGACGGUUACCGUGGCAACCUGCCUUACGAUGAAAGACGAGCUCCGGAGCACUAUGAUUCUCCACAACGUAAUAAGGCAAUCACGAAGAAGGGUCGCUAUGACAACCGUGCUAACAGGGGCAAUAGACCUGACCGACCUAACAAGCGACCUGACAAGCGACCUAACAAGCGAGUUAACAAAGCGAGGAGAGUGCAGGUCCGCGAACCAGACGAAGAUGGCGACGGCUGGGGGGAACGGUUUGCUACCUUCUCCAAUGAUACCAGGUUUCCUUUCUCUCUGAGCGGAUUCCUCAAAGUAGCACAGAUGGUUGUGAGUCUCAUCAUCAUCAUCCUAGCUCUAGUCGACAACACACUCUGGUCUGCCGCCAUCUUUGUGGCGAUUGUAGGGAUCAUUGGAUUUGUCGUAGCUUUUGGCUCGUUCGUCUUCCGCUUCCUGGGCUUUCAUACAUCGGCCGUGAUUCCCUGCCUGUGGUUUGAACUGAUCUUGUAUUGCCUGGUGGUACUCUCAAUGCUGGCUGCUGGGAUUCUGUCUGCGAUCUCGGCCAAUGUCGCUGGCACCGUGGGAGCUGUGACGUUUUUCUGUUUCCUGGCUACAGUACUGUUUGCAUUUGAUACUGUUCUCAUGGGCCAAACGCUGAGGGAGAAACAUAAACAGUCAUAUCCGGACUCGGACGAGGAUGAGGACAGCGACGCGGACGAACCACGUGACCAGCGUGAUAACAGGAGGGGGCCACGCAAUGGGGGAAGGGAGGACGACCCACGUAAUAACAGGAGGGGGCCACGCAAUGUGGGAAGGGAGGACCUUGAUCGGCGAAUGCCACAACAUGGACGUCAAAAUCGGGGAUAUGAGGAACGAUACUAAAACUUUACCAUCGUCCUAAGUAAUAAUGUGGACGUGAACCACUUUGUGAUGCAUACAUCCAAUCACGGUGAAGGCGAUUCAUUCUGAGUCGUAUCAAAAGUAGCCCGAGUACUCUGACUGUAGGAGAGCUAGACGGCCAUUUCGACUGUCAUCAACGCUCUCUAACCGCCAGAGACCAAGUUACGGGAGAUAACUCUUCACGAAAUCGUUAUACCGGCAAACUCUUUAUGACGACAAUAUAGGCAGAUCACAAACAUGGCCGUUAUAACGAGAGUUGACUGUAUAUACAUUCUACGCAAUCGCUACCUGCCAAACGGUAGUCAAAGAUUCCCGCUCUAAUAUCAAGAGCUGUGCUUAUAACUUGGCCAAGUGCCAAGAUCCAAAUUCCAUUAUAUAUUAUGUUAACUUGUUCUUACGGGAGUGUACCUAACAGUCGACAAUCCACACCCCGUAACAAAAAAAAAAAAAAAAAAAAAAAAAAAACCCACAACAACAACAAAACAUAGAAAAGGACACACAUGCCUAACGACUGUAUUUGUUCGGUCGGAGAAGAUCUUAUAACACCGUGGCCUAAUUUGUUUUAAAAUAUCUGUCUUCACCUAGUUAUUUUGUGAUAGGCUGAACACUGAAUUUGAUACCACGCGCCAUAGUGUUAUGUGUUUCGCACACGCAAAACAUUCCAUGUAGGCCUACUCUAGGGCCGUAGCUAGCGGAAAUCCGGAAAACAUUAUAGACACUUAAAGAUAAUUCGUUUAACCGUUUAAGGAGUUUUAGACUAUUAACUAUUCAGUUCCCCUCCCCCCCCCCCACCUCCCCCAACAAAAAGUCCUAGCUACGGCCCUGUACUCCCUAUAUUUAGAAGAAACGUGAAGCUUAAUGCAUGCAUGUUCUUAUCUCAUUACACUCUUAAUACGUUUGAGUAAUAUAAUAUAAAUAUUAUGUGUGGCAUCGAUUAAUUUGUAUUUAACUCGAACAAGUGACAAACCGGAGAACUGUGACAGUACCAACUAUGGUAAUGGACCUUUAAGGACUAUUUUAUAUACAAUUUCCCAGUUGACGUUUCUGAAAUUAACGAGAAGUGAAAUAACGAACUAGCUCCACUACGGGAAUCGAGCCAGUCAUCUGUCGUACGUCAGACGGAGAUUCUGUCGUUAAACCCGUUCCAGCUGUGAUAUUAAUGAUAAUCAGGGGCGGAUCAAGGAUUUUGAGAGGAGGGGUAUCAUCUAUGUCAUGGGCGUACAUGGGGGGGGGGGGUCGAUGGGUUCGACCACACCCACCCCCACCCCCCGAAAUCACUUUUUUAUAAUUUAAUAUAUCUGACAUUGAUAUCUGACAUUAUUAUAUUUACUCAACAUAGAAAUAUAUGCCCAGUAUCUCUGCAAUCUAUUUUGGAACCCCCCUUUUCAAAAUCCUAUGUACGCCCAUGUAUGUGUGUGUUUGUAGAUCCACGUCUCACUGCGUGGGGUGCAGGUGAGGGUGUGGGUGUUUCCAGUCACAAAAGUGAACAAUUAAAGGUUCUACCCCCUGACCACCCCCACUGUUAUUUUACAGGUUUAUAUACAUUUAGUUUAUGUGUAGAUGUGUGGUGUGGUGUUGCUAAUGUAGUUGAGCAAGUUGACGGUGUAUUACCGUCUGUGAGUGUAUUCCACAGUGCCAAUACUGUAUAUAAACUAGCUUAGCGUGUAGCAGUUAAACUAUAUAUACAUGUAAAUAUAUAGGAAAUGAAAUGAAAUUAAACCUACUUGUUUCUUUGUUUUA